AUGGGGACGCUAGCAUCAUCAUCAUCGCGGCGUCGCUCCAUCAGCAGGGACAGGGGCCGUGAUGCUUGCCGCCGCCGCCGAAAGCCGCCAGCCGCGGGCCUCAACUUCAACUUCAUCACCGUCCACUACUGCUACUUCAUCGUCGUCUGCCUGCUCGCCUCCGGGGUCUUCUGGGCGUCGUCCAGCCCGCGCGGCGCCAUUUCCUAUGUCGACUGCCUCUUCGUCGUCGUGUCUGCCGUGACCGAGGCUGGCCUCAACACGGUCAACCUCAGCACCAUGACUGCCUGGCAGCAGGCCAUCCUCUUCCUGCUGAUCCUCUGCGGCGGUACCGUCUGGGUCUCUGCCUGGACUGUUGCUGCGCGCAGCUUCGUCUUCGGUCGCCGACUGGCCUACGCGAGACGGCGCGAGGCCGCCGCGGCGCCGCUGGAAACCGUGCUCGCGCCCCUGGACCGAGAGUCCUCCGUCCAGGAUCUCAGCGGUAGCAGCUCAGAAGCCGAGCUCCCGGGUCCGCGUUCCGCAUCCGCCCGAGGUGGUGGUGACCCGGCGGUCGGCCCCGACCAAGCAGCAGCAGCACAUCGGCAGACGACGACGGCCCGCGACGGCCCGGGCGACCAGCGUCACGAGCCGCCGCCGCCGCCACCACCACCACCCCCGAGUAUGGCGGAGGACGGCCUCAUUGGCGCCGCGGCCCGCACGCGCGUCUGCGGCUGCGAGCACCGCGCGCUCCAGCUGCUCUCCGUCGUCGUGCCGCUGUACCUCCUCCUGUGGCAGCUACUCGGGUGCCUCGCCCUCGGCGCCUGGAUCAGCCGUCGCAUGCCCGAGACGGCGCUCGCCAACGGCAUCGCCCCGUGGUGGCUCGGCGUCUUCAACGGCGUCUCCGCCUUCAACAACUCGGGCAUGUCGCUGCUCGACGCCAACAUGGUCCCCUUCCAAGAGGCCUACUUCGUCCUCAUCACCAUGGGCCUAAUGAUCCUCGCCGGCAACACGGCCUACCCGAUCUUCCUGCGGCUCCUUUUGUGGGCGGGCCUGAGGCUCGUAGACGCGGCGACCGGGGCCGCCUCGUUCCGCGAGACCAAGCGGGCGAUCCGGCUGUUGCUCGAGGAUCCGCGGAGGGUCUACACGAACCUCUUCCCGUCGCGGCUGACGUGGUGGCUGGUCUUCAUGCUCGUCGGUCUCAACGCCAUCGACUGGGCGCUCUUUGAGCUGCUUAACUUGCACAACCCGGUGGUGAGGAGCAUCCCGGUCGGGCCGCGCGUGCUGGUCGGGCUGUUUCAGGCCUUGGCAGUCCGGUCCGGCGGGUUCUAUGUCGUCCCUAUUGCGCAGAUUUCCAUUGGCGUGCAGUUUCUGUACGUCAUCAUGAUGUACAUUUCAGUAUACCCCGUCGUCCUCACAAUGCGCCGCUCCGAUGUGUUUACAGAAUCACCCGACGACGAGCCUAGCAGCGAAGCACAUGUCGUGUCGCAUGCCCCUCCGCCCAUCCCUGACAACACCCUCUCGUAUCCCGUCGAGAAGGACGGUGUCGCCACAGGUCAUCAACCUCACCCAUCAUCGGCUGCAUCGCCAGACCAAGCUACCUGUCGUGGACGGCCCAGCCACCCAGCGACGGCAAAUGAUGAGCAGCCAAUGCGGGUGCCUCCGGUACUACUACCCAGUGAGGGUGGUGCCGCUCCAGAGAAGCGACCAAAUUAUCACACACGACUCAUGUCCUUGCACAGACCUCCCCCACCUCCGACGUAUGAGAGCCACAUGAGCUUCAUCCACCGGCAGAUACAGGGACAGCUGGCCCAGGACAUAUGGUGGCUGGUGCUGGCCGUCCUCGUCAUCGUCAUCAUCGAGAGCAGCCACUUCAACGCGGAUCCCGUCAACCACUCCGUCUUCAACGUCAUAUUCGAGGUGGCUUCAGCAUACGGCACGGUCGGCAUCUCGGUCGGGACGCCGCACGGCGCGUACAGCUUCUCAGGGACGUGGUAUGUGGGGAGCAAGCUGAUCCUUUGCCUGGUGAUGCUUCGCGGCCGGCACAGGGGACUGCCGACGGCGCUGGACAGGGCGAUCAGGCUACCGGAUCAGCAUUCGAGUUGCAGCCACCUGGAGGAGAAGCAGAUGGUAGCAAGGGAAUAG